AUGGCGAAGGGAAAAGACGUCGCGGCCAUGGAAAUCGACGAACAGAUUUCCACUGCUUCCGAUCAGAUCAAUAACCCCAAAUUCUCUGUCAAUGUGCUGCAGCUCCUGAAAUCGGCUCAGAUGCAGCAUGGAUUGCGCUUCGGUGAUUAUACUCGUUACCGGAGGUAUUGCAGUGCACGGCUGAGAAGACUAUACAAAUCGUUGAAGUUCACGCAUGGCCGAGGAAAGUAUACAAAGAGAGCUGUCACUGCAUCUACAGUGACUGAAGUCAGGUUUCUCCAUUUGGUUUUGUAUACUGCUGAAAGAGCAUGGAGUCAUGCUAUGGAAAAGAAAACACUACCAGAUGGUCCAAAUGCACGCCAGAGGGGCUACCUUAUCGGAAGGCUAAGGAAGGCAGUUAAAUGGGCUUCCAUGUUUCAAGAGUUGUGUGCCAUCAAGGGUGAUUCAAGAACAUCGUUGGAAGCAGAGGCUUAUGCCUCCUAUAUGAAAGGGAGUUUGCUAUUUGAACAAGACCAGAACUGGGAUGUUGCCUUGAAGUGUUUUAAAAGUGCUAGGGCUGUUUAUGAAGAACUGGGGAAAUAUGGAGACCUAGAGAACCAAGUUUUGUGCAGAGAGCGGGUAGAGGAACUUGAGCCUAGUAUAAGAUAUUGUCUGCAUAAAAUUGGGGAGUCAAAUUUACAGACUUCUGAACUGGUCCAUAUCGGAGAAAUGGAAGGGCCUGCCCUGGAUCUUUUCAAAGCUAAACUGGAGGCUGUUAUGGCUGAGGCUCGAUCACAGCAGGCUGCAUCAAUGACUGAAUUCCAUUGGCUUGGUCAUAGAUUUCCUGUCUCAAACGCAAAGACUCGGGUGUCCAUACUUAAAGCUCAGGAGUUGGAGAAGGAUGUUAAUGGCCCAGCAGCUGAUACUGUUCCUGCUGAAAAGAAGCUAGUCAUAUUUGACAAAAUAUUUGCUGCUUAUAAUGAAGCCAGGAGCUACAUUAGGAAUGACUUGGCUACUGCAGGUAACUCUGAAAGCAUGAAAGACGACCUGAGUGGCCUUGACAAAGCUAUUGGGGCUGUCUUAGGAAAGAGAACCAUUGAACGCAAUCAGUUAUUAGUGAGCAUGGCAAAAAGUAAGCUCAAUAAGUCUCGUGACGAUAAAAAUGAGAAAGUCACGAAGCCUGAAGAGCUUGUCCGGUUGUAUGAUCUCCUGCUACAGAAUACUGCUGAUCUUACUGAUCUGGUCAGCUCAGGAAGAGAUAGAAAACAAGAAGAAGUGACAUUUGCUGAGGAAUGUGAGCUCCAAAGUUUUGUCUUCCGUGCAGAAAGGUGUUUUUACUUGGCCAAAUCAUACAGUUUGGCUGGAAAGAGGGCGGAAGCAUAUGUUUUAUUCUGCCGAGCUCGGACUCUCGUUGAUUCUGCUCUUAAAAAGCUUCAGAGCUUGAGCAAUACCGAUCAGGUUGCUAUCAAGGAUUUGAAGAUGCUUUAUAAUGAUUGUAGGUCAAGCAUUUGCAUAGAGCACGCAUCCGGGAUUAUGGAAGAGGAGAAAGCUCCUGAAAAUCUUUCUAAGAAGAUAUCAAGCAUAUCAUUAACAGACAAGAAGGUUGAGAAGCUGCUGAUGGAGAACUUGGAUGAAUACGAAUCGGCUGUUGGGGAGCCCACCACAAAGCAAACUCCUCAUAUAGAAGCUUUCCCACCUCACUUCCAGGCAGUGCCCCGGAAUCCUAUUGUUCUUGACCUCGCCUACAACUCGAUUGAGUUCCCAUCACUCGAUCACAGGAUGAAGAAGGAAGUCAAGGGAUUCAUAAGCAGGCUCUGGAGAUGA